AUGUCCGCCCCCAGUUCUACCGAGGGCUCGCCUGCGGACCAGCUCGCUGCAUUUGCCCCCAAUUCUUUUGGGGGUGACUCUCAGCGAGCCCUGGCCAGGCUCCCGGGAAAUUUGACUACUCGAACUUCUGACCCGUUCUCCGGUUGGCACCCGGGUAUUACCCCCGAAAGAGCUACCAUAAGCAGCGGCUUUCUUCAAGCUCGUGGCUCUUCUUUCGCGUUGAACACUGCAAUGCCUAGUGUUGCCUUUCCUGACACCCCAUCUCGCUAUUCUUCUGCCCAAUUUGGUGGUUCUGUAUCUGGAACUCCUGAUUUUUCUGGUGCGGAUAUCAAUCUUUCGUCUCCAUCGCGCUAUUCGCCUACGGAAAUCCCCCGCUCAUCGGUUCGACCUGGGUUCAGACAUGAUGAUCUGUAUUCCCCUUCUCAGUCUAGCUUUGUGGCCUACUCGCCAUCUCGCGCUGACUUGACUAGCCCCUUGAGUCAGGGCUUUUUGAACCGUUUGAUUGCUGCCUCUUCUGCUACCAGUGACCCUUCCAGACUUGAUCCAGUCUUGCCCGCUUUUCCGCGCAGCACUAGUGCUCAGAGCCUGACCAACGUGUCCGACAUGCCGUCUCUCGCUCGCCCUUUGUUGGCUACCGACAACCAGCGUGGCUUCACCCUGUAUGGAGUUCAUGCCAAUUCAACUCAUUGGUCCAUUCUGGAAAAUUUUCUUCCUUCGGAAUACCAUUCUGUCGAUAGUGUCUAUCUCGGAGACCUCCAGACCCGAGGUCGAGUUUCAGUUCUCUUCACCGACCUUCGCGACAUGACGCGUGCUAUUGACCGAAUCAGACUCUCUCAUCCGGAAUGGGUUGUGGACCUUGCCUCGCCUCAACAAAUUGCGAGUAUCACGAAGAACUUUGAUAUCCCAAGCACCUCCAACACGAACGACGGCAAGCUUAUGGUGACUGUUCACGAUAUGGGUAAACGUUUGACCCAAAAUCAUCAUGCUCUGGUGGAACGCCUGAUUCGCGCUUUUGGUGAUGUGAAACUCUUCAAGCUCUAUGAGAAUGGACCAGUAUCUCAGAGUUAUCGAGUCGAAUUUUACAACACACGCCAUACUUCUUAUGCGUUUUCCUGUCUCCAAGGGUUUAAACACGAGUUCCUUACUUUCGAGGCGUCCUUCAAUCGUCCUCAGUGUGAGACCAGCGAGACUUUCCAUGUUCGAACCCCGAGUAUCAAUUCCCAGCACGUACCGGUGACUCCGGAACCUCUUUCUUCGAGCAUCGAUACCACUCCGGCCAAGGAAGAUCCCAAUGCUGAGAACACGAUUGAUAUGGAUCGCAUUCAGAGGGGCUUGGAUGUCCGCAGCACAAUUAUGAUCCGAAACAUUCCCAACAAGAUCACCUCGAAUGAGCUCAAGAUUAUUCUGGACGAAUCAAGCUUCGGAAAAUAUGAUUUCAUGUAUCUGCGUAUGGACUUCAAUCAUGGCUGCAACGUUGGCUAUGCAUUUAUCAAUUUCGGCGAUCCAAUGGAUAUUCUUGACCUCAUUAUGGCUCGUCAUGGCAAGACCUGGCCUGAGUGCAUUUCGGAAAAGAAGGCACAGAUCUCUUAUGCCGCUCUCCAAGGAAAAGAUGCGCUCAUUUCGAAGUUCCGCAAUAGCCAUGUGAUGACUCGUCCUGCAGGAGAACGCCCUCGUCUGUUCCACAUUGGUGGACCUCGUUCUGGAUCUGAUGCACCAUUCCCACCUCCAAAUGAUGCCAGCAAGCUUCGUCGCUCGGUUGCCAGUACCACGCAGCAAGGUAAGACGUUUUUUUAUGCUUUAUCUCGGAUGCUUGAAUUGACUCUUGUGCAGGGCUUUAUGCUCCUCAUUCUCGAGAAGCUGGUACUCCCAGCAGUGGCAGUCGCGCUCACCCCCGAGCUCGCAAUCAAUCCAUCAGCCAAACCCGCCGGUCUCGUCGAGUCCGAGCAUCUAUUGGACAAGGCCCGCGCGACACUGAUGAUUUGUUGGGCUCUUCUCCAAUGGAACUUGAUGGAGCAGGUUCCCCCGACGGACCGUACUAAUUCUGCCCAAUCUUGA